AGACGCCGACAAACUCCCUCUCCCGUUGUCGGCUUCUCAGGGAAAAGGGGCGGUUGGUACGGCCACCAUUGUUCGGGCUUUAGGGCGCCAUGAGGGGUGACAGAGGCCGUGGUCGUGGUGGGCGCUUUGGUUCCAGAGGAGGCCCAGGAGGAGGGUUCAGGCCUUUUGUGCCACAUAUCCCAUUUGAUUUCUAUUUGUGUGAAAUGGCCUUCCCCCGGGUUAAGCCAGCACCCGAUGAAACCUCCUUCAGUGAGGCCUUGCUGAAGAGGAAUCAAGACCUUGCUCCCAAUUCUGCUGAACAGGCCUCUAUCCUUUCUCUGGUGACAAAAAUAAACAAUGUGAUUGACAAUUUGAUUGUGGCUCCAGGAACAUUUGAAGUGCAAAUUGAAGAAGUCCGACAGGUAGGAUCAUAUAAAAAGGGAACCAUGACUACAGGACACAAUGUGGCCGACCUGGUGGUAAUCCUAAAGAUUCUGCCAACAUUGGAAGCUGUUGCUGCCCUGGGGAACAAAGUUGUGGAAAGCCUAAGAGCACAGGAUCCUUCUGAAGUUUUGACCAUGCUGACCAAUGAAACUGGCUUUGAGAUCAGUUCUUCUGAUGCUACAGUGAAGAUUCUUAUUACAACAGUGCCACCCAAUCUCCGGAAACUGGACCCAGAACUCCAUUUGGAUAUCAAAGUGCUGCAGAGUGCCUUAGCAGCCAUCCGGCAUGCUCGCUGGUUUGAGGAAAAUGCUUCCCAGUCCACAGUUAAAGUUCUCAUCAGACUGCUGAAGGACUUGAGGAUUCGUUUUCCUGGCUUUGAACCCCUCACGCCCUGGAUCCUCGAUUUACUUGGGCACUAUGCUGUGAUGAACAAUCCCACCAGACAGCCUCUGGCCCUCAAUGUGGCAUACAGGCGUUGCCUACAGAUUCUUGCUGCAGGACUGUUUCUGCCAGGGUCAGUGGGUAUCACUGACCCCUGUGAGAGUGGUAACUUCAGAGUACACACAGUCAUGACUUUGGAACAGCAGGACAUGGUCUGUUACACAGCUCAGACUCUCGUCCGAAUCCUCUCACAUGGAGGCUUCAGAAAGAUCCUUGGCCAGGAGGGUGAUGCUAGCUAUCUUGCUUCUGAAAUAUCUACCUGGGAUGGAGUGAUAGUGACACCUUCAGAAAAGGCUUAUGAGAAGCCUCCUGAGAAGAAGGAAGGAGAUGAAGAGGAGGAGAAUACAGAAGAACCACCUCAAGGAGAGGAAGAAGAAAGUAUGGAGACUCAGGAGUGACCCUCCCUUCUCUUCACUCCCUUUCCUACCCAAGGGAAAGACUGGAGCCUAAGCUAACUGCUACUGGGCUUUAUUAUAUGGUGGCAUUUCUGUGGGAAAGGGGAGAGAGUAGGAAGAAAAACUCUAGAAGGAGGUUUCAUUCCACUGGGUUCUGAUAUUGGCUUUGUAGCCAGAAGUCUCCCGUUUAUUACCUUUGCCCUCCAUCUAUAGUGAAGCAGGAUAACAGUUUUUCUUCCUAAUACUCUAGAAUCCCCAACUCCUGGAAACUCUCAACCAGUACUUUGUUGAAAUGUUGUGAACUGUUAGUGUCUGGAAUUUUUUUUUUUUUUUUUUUUCUUA